CUUGUUUCCAGGAAGCGAGAAGCGAUACAUCCACAACCAACCCAGGCCUCCGUCGCUGUUUGGCACAAACCGUUUACUGUUGGCCUUUCCACCACCAAAAAAGUUCGUAUUAAGCCGACAUGGGUGAUGACGAGGAGAAGUAUGACGGGAUGUUGCUGGUUAUGGCACAGCAGCACGAAGGCGGAGUACACGAGUUAGUAAAUACAUUUUUUAGCUUCCUGCGGCGCAAAACAGACUUUUUCACCGGUGGUGAAGUAGGUGCUGGAGAGAAGCUCGUGAAGGAUGCCUUCGCCCACCACAAUAAGCUGGCGAUGGAGGCCCAUAAGGAAAAGCUGAAGAAACAGGAGAAAGAAAAGAAGGAGAAAGCCAAAAGAGCCGCCCAGCUAGCAGAGGAAGAGCAGCAGAAGAAGAAAAGCGAAGACGGUCCCAGGAUUCAAGAACUUACUGAGGAAGAAGCGGAGAAGCUGCAGACUGAACUCGACAAGAAGAAGGAAGAAGAGGAGACAAAGGGGAGCAAAACUGAGAAAAUUAACAAGCCAUCGGAGCAAGCAGAAAAAGAGAAGGGGUCUGACACGGAAGGUGAGGAGGAUGAGAAGGACAAAGAUAAACUGAAGCCAAAUGCAGGAAAUGGAGCUGACCUGCCCAACUACAAGUGGACACAGACACUGUCUGAAGUUGAUCUGACGGUGCCUUUCAACGUCAAGUUCCGCAUCAAAGGCAGAGACGUGGUGGUGGACAUCCAGCGGCGCUCCCUCAAGGUAGGCUUGAAAGGCCACCCCCCCGUUAUCGAGGGGCAGCUCUACAACGAGGUGAAGGUCGAAGAAAGCUCCUGGCUGCUCGAUGACGGCAAGGUCGUCAUAGUCCACUUGGAGAAGAUUAACAAAAUGGAGUGGUGGAGCAAGAUCGUUGCCACAGAUCCUGAAAUAAACACCAAGAAAGUCUGUCCAGAAAACUCCAAGCUGUCAGACCUGGACGGCGAAACGCGCGGCAUGGUGGAGAAGAUGAUGUAUGACCAGCGGCAGAAGUCCAUGGGUCUGCCUACGUCCGAGGAGCAGAAGAAACAGGACAUCCUUAAAAAGUUCAUGGCUCAGCAUCCAGAGAUGGACUUCUCCAAAGCCAAAUUCAGCUGAGAUCUGCUGUGUAUGCGUGGUGUGCACCAUGUUGCCUGCAGUACAUACGCCUCCCCUCCCAACCCUAAGGUUUCAUUCAUGUCGAUGUUCCAUUGCUGUAGUGACGCCCGGCUCCCUUUGCGUGUCAUUAAAUAUUGUUUGUUUGUUUUUUUAAAUAAAUCAAAGCGACAAGGUUA